UGCUUAAGGUUUAUACCAUAGUGCUUCCAACUUUCUACUUUUCUACUAUUGAACUGUUUUCAUAAGCUAUCCUGAAGUGAUUAUGGAAAAUAAGCAUAAAAUAUCUUAUAAACAUGUCAUAAGCUGUUUUCGUAAGCUCUCUCAGAAUGUCACAAGUGAUUACGCGAGUAGAUAAGUUCAAAUAAGUCAAAUCCAAACAGAAAUACUAGAAUCCAACAAUCGGUCUCUCUUUCUCUUGUUUUCUGUUAUGAAUUUGUUCUUUUAGGUUUCUAUUAUGAUUGAGCUUCAAUUAUAGUGAUUGGGUUUCAGGUUUUCCAUUUCAACAUCACAGACACUGCCCUAAUGGAUAUCCCUCCGAUUAAGAAACGUCGUCAGUCGAACGCGCCAUUGCUGCCGGUGUGCAUUCCCCGCGAACUCAUCGCCGAAAUCCUAUUGUUACUUAGCGUGAAAACCAUUGUGCGAUUCAAGUGUGUGAGCAAGUCAUGGAACACUCUCAUCUCAGAUCCAACUUUCAUCAAAAUGCACCUUAAGAAAUCUUCACAAAACCCUCACUUCAUACUCACGCCGUUUGAGAAAUACCGUAUGAGUACUGUCGUAUCCUUACCCGUGAGUCGUUUACUUGAGAAUCUGUCAAUCACUGUUGCCGGUGACACUUGCCAUAGUCUGACCAUGGGAAAUUGCCAGGUUGUUGGUUCCUGCAACGGACUACUUUGUUUGCUUUUCAGUACUACUUGCAGCCUACAAAAUUAUUACUGGUUCUGUUUUUGGAACCCUGCAACAAGGACAAUAUCUGAAGAUUUAGGGUUUUUUGUCGAUUCUAAGCCUUUAUUGGGCCCUUUCAAGUUCAGUUUUGGUUGUGAUCGUUUAACUGGAACUUACAAGGUAGUGGCGCUUCAUACAGGAAGAAAUGAAGAGAGAGAGUUAGAGAACGAAAGUUUAUGGAGAAGCAAGGUGGCAGUUUUUAGUUUUGGUGAUAAUUGUUGGAGAUAUAUUCAAAGUUUCCCUUUGGUUCCUCUUAUAUGGAAUGAUGGUGUGCAUUUGAGUGGAGCUAUUAACUGGUUGGCUCUUUCUGGCGACUUCGUAUCAAUUGAUUGUGGAGAAACAAGUAAAGCUUAUAUUCCUCUUGUUGAGCAAUUGGUGAUUGUUUCGCUUGAUCUUUCGACGGAGACAUACAGGCAGUUUUUGCUUCCUGCAGGUUUUAAGGAGGUGCCAUGCGUUGAGCCAUCUCUUCGGGUUCUGAUGGACUGCCUUUGCUUUUCACACGAUUUCAAGAGAACUGAAUUUGUGAUAUGGCAGAUGAAGGAGUUUGGAUCUCAAGAGUCUUGGACUCAGUUAUUUAGAAUUAAAUACAUUAAUCUUCAAAUCCAUAACCUUCCAAUCAAUGACAACUUGGAUUUACUUGGAUACAUGGAAUGUAAUAUUCCAUUGUUGCCUUUGUACCUUUCGGAGAACGGAGAUACGUUGAUAUUGUCAAAUGAUGAAGAAGAAGGAGUAAUUAUAUAUAAUCAGAGAGAUAAGAGAGUAGAGAAAACUAGAAUUUCCAACGAAAUAUGCUGGUCCUCUGCCUUUGAUUAUGUUGAAAGCUUGGUUUCGACACGUUGGAAGUCUGAAAAUAUAGAUGAAGAGAAAGAGGAAGUUGAAAAAGAAGAUGAAGAGGAUCAACUAAGUAGUGGCAUUGAUCUAGGGGUUGAUUAAUUGGAUGAUGUGUACUGGGUUAUUAUGAUCGAAGCUAAGAAGUUUUUACAGCCAACCACAGUUUUUGUCAUUGUGAUUUAUGACCUGGAUCUUUAAUUAUUUUGAAGUUGACAUAUGAACUUAUGUAUUAGCUUAUGUAAAUUGUUGUUCACUUGUUUCUACAGCUAGCCACGGUUGUUAUAUCUGUCAGUGUUAACAUUAAUCUUGCUCUAUGAAUGUUAGUUCUGUCGUUGCUUUGAA